AUGACAACCAAGACCAAAAGCCACAAGGCCAUGGGAGAUGGGGAGUGGAUGUCAAGGCUGAGGGCCUUUGCCAGCACUGGAGUUUGGCCCCCAGGAGCCGGCAACAGGCCAGCGCCAAGGCAACGGAAGUGGCAUGACCUCUACCAAAAGAUUGAGAAAUGCCCCAUGCAGGCCAAAGGGCAGUCUGGCUUGUUUGGUCAGGCCAGGACCUGCAGUUGUGGGUUCCAUGCCAAGCCUGCCACCCAGUCAUCUCCUCCCUCCACAUCAUCUGCAGCUUCAGCCUCUGCUCCUGAGGCCCGGACAUAUUUGCGUCCCCCUCUAAGUCUGUCCAUGUUCACAAAAUCCCACUAUGGUGGCUCAUUGUCAUCUGCAGUGCAGCCAAAUUUGGUGAAAAGAAGGACCCCCAGUCCUUCACCUGUGAGCACCCCCAGUCCUUCACCUGUGAGGACCUCCAGCCCUUCACUGUCUUCUCUGAGGACCCCCAGCGCUUCUGUGUCGUCUGUGAGGGCCCCCAGCCCUUCACUGUCUUCUCUGAGGGCCCCCAGCCCUUCUGUGUCAUCUGUGAGGACACCCAGCCCUGCACCAUCCCAGGGGAAGUUCCCAGUUUGGGAACAAAACCCUGUACAAGCUGACGCAUCUGGCGAACCGGGAGGACGUGCGUCAUCCCAUGCGGGAUCCUCAGCUUCAUUCUGGCUGCCGGGUGAGCUGAGCAAAACCAUUCCUCUGCAGGACCAGAGGUGGAUUGCCAACACCCUCUUUCACUCUGGGAAACUGCGGCCAGAUUUGAAGCUGUGGUAUGAGCCCCCUGUCCCAGCGCUCAUUUACCAUCAAACACCGACCCCAGAGCCUUUCUUCACCCAUCGCCUGAUGGUGUGGAUGCCCUACCACCUGUGGAAGGUGAAGAUCGCCUGCCCUACAUGUGGAAAGCAGUUGACAGGCGCUGGGGUCCACAAAAGGGCACGGAAGGUCCUGGACAUCGACCGGUACUACCUGCUGGUGACAGAGACACUCAGGUGCACUGUGUGUGUACAGAACCAUUUGUCCACCAGUCAGACUGUCCGGGACCAGCUGGACCUCCCUCACCAGCAAAUGUUCAGAUUAAUCCUGACCCGCAAGUACGCCUGUGACAUCCGUGUCAUCAGGCUGCUUCGGGACAGGACCCUGGGCAACAGUCCAGCGCGGCUGGUGAAGCAGCUAAGGGAGAACCAUGGGGAGGAGUGGCUCGACAGGCUGGUACACUAUCUGGGGGAGUGUGCUGAGUUUGUGGAUAAGCCAAGCCUCUUCCCGGUUGUCUGCCGGGAGCCCCCGGAGCCGAUGGACAUCCCCACCAGUCGCUGGCUGUUGGUCGUUUAUGGACGGGACAUCCUCUCAAGGUUGGACCACAUAAAGGCCAGAAUCACCUCCACGUUUGGGUCCAUCCUUAAGCUGGACUCCACCAAAAAGAUCACAAAGAAGCUGGCUGGCACCGGCAGGGGCACAGCUCUCUGGCUAACCUCCGUCAGCAACGAGGUUGGCCAGAUCCUGAACAGUGUCUUGACUGUGCAAGAGGGGUCGGGACUAAACAGGAUGGCGUCCGGCCUGAUGGAGCGGUACCGCCAGGCAUCUGUGUCACCCCCAGUUCUUAUGUAUGUGGACUGUGGAUGCUGUGUGGAAGAGGGGGCCAGCAAGCUGCAAGUGAGGUUUGGGGAGUGGCCAGACCUCCACAUUCGUCUGGAUAUCUGGCACUUUAUGAGGAGGCUGGCUGUGGGCUGCACCACCGAUGCCCAUCCCCUCUACCCUACCUUCAUGGGCUGCCUCUCCGCCUGCAUCUUUGAGUGGGAUGCUGGGGAUCUUGCUCUUUUGAGGCAGGCGAAGAGAGAACAGCUCAGACUGGAGGGUGUGCCUGGCAUCACUGAUCUCCUGACGGAGGACACGGGGUGA